AUGGCUAUGGCUGUGGCUCACCACAGAGAGAGUAGUAGUGGGAGCAGCAUAAACAAGCACCUUGAUGCCGGUAAAUAUGUACGUUACACUUCUGAGCAAGUUGAAGCUCUUGAGCGAGUCUAUGCUGAGUGUCCCAAGCCAAGCUCUUUGCGCAGGCAACAACUGAUCCGAGAGUGCCCCAUUUUAUCAAACAUAGAACCCAGACAGAUCAAAGUCUGGUUUCAGAACCGAAGGUGUAGGGAGAAGCAGAGAAAAGAGUCCUCGCGGCUGCAGACUGUGAACAGGAAAUUAACAGCAAUGAACAAGCUGUUGAUGGAGGAAAAUGAUCGACUGCAGAAACAGGUCUCUCAGCUUGUGUGUGAAAAUGGGUAUAUGCGUCAACAAUUGCAUACUGCACCAACUACUGAUGCAAGCUGCGACUCUGUGGUUACAACUCCACAGCAUUCUCUCAGAGAUGCUAAUAACCCUGCUGGACUCCUCUCCAUAGCGGAGGAGACCUUGGCAGAGUUCCUCUCUAAGGCUACAGGAACUGCUGUCGAUUGGGUCCAGAUGCCUGGGAUGAAGCCUGGUCCGGAUUCGGUUGGGAUCUUUGCCAUUUCACAAAGUUGCAGUGGAGUGGCAGCUAGAGCCUGUGGUCUUGUAAGUUUAGAGCCAACGAAGAUUGCAGAGAUCCUUAAAGAUCGUCCAUCGUGGUUCCGGGACUGUCGGAGCCUUGAAGUUUUUACCAUGUUUCCUGCUGGAAAUGGUGGAACUAUAGAACUUAUUUAUACACAGACAUAUGCUCCAUCUACAUUGGCUCCUGCAAGGGAUUUCUGGACUCUAAGAUACACUACAAGUUUAGAUAAUGGCAGUUUUGUGGUAUGUGAGAGAUCUCUUUCUGGUUCUGGCGCUGGCCCAAAUGCAGCUUCCGCUGCACAGUUUGUUAGAGCUGAAAUGCUUCCAAGUGGUUAUCUGAUUCGACCAUGUGAAGGUGGAGGAUCAAUCAUUCAUAUUGUUGACCACCUGAAUCUUGAGGCAUGGAGUGUGCCAGAGGUUCUGCGACCGCUUUAUGAAUCAUCCAAAGUGGUAGCACAAAGAAUGACUAUUGCGGCAUUGCGCUAUAUCAGGCAAAUAGCUCAGGAGACAAGCGGUGAAGUGGUAUACAGUUUGGGCAGGCAGCCAGCUGUUCUGCGAACUUUUAGCCAAAGAUUGAUCAGAGGGUUCAAUGAUGCUGUCAAUGGGUUCAGUGACGAUGGCUGGUCAUUGAUCAAUUGUGAUGGUGCUGAAGAUGUUAUAAUUGCAGUUAAUUCAACCAAGAAUUUAACUACUUCGAAUCCUGCUAAUUCCCUUGCAUUACUUGGAGGAGGUGUUCUCUGUGCAAAGGCUUCCAUGUUACUCCAAAAUGUGCCCCCUGCUGUGCUGGUUCGCUUCUUGAGGGAGCACCGUUCAGAGUGGGCUGAUUUCAAUGUUGAUGCCUACUCUGCUGCAUCUUUGAAAGCUGGUUCCUAUGCUUAUCCAGGGAUGAGGCCAACAAGGUUUACUGGGGGCCAAAUUAUCAUGCCACUUGGCCACACAAUUGAACACGAAGAGUUGCUUGAAGUCGUUCGACUUGAAGGCCAUUCUCUCACUCAAGAAGAUGCCUUUGCAUCAAGAGACAUUCAUCUCUUGCAGAUAUGUAGUGGAGUGGAUGAGAAUGCUGUUGGAGCCUGUUCUGAACUUGUUUUUGCUCCAAUUGAUGAGAUGUUCCCGGAUGAUGCUCCUUUGGUUCCCUCAGGUUUCCGCAUUAUCCCGUUGGAUUCAAAAACAAGUGAUUCAAAGGAUACAUUGGCUACACAUCGAACAUUAGAUCUGACAUCCAGUCUUGAAGUGGGAUCAACAACAAACAAUGCAGCUGGAGAGUUGUCUUCGUUUCAUAAUACUCGAUCUGUAUUGACAAUUGCCUUCCAGUUUCCUUUUGAGAGUAGUCUACAGGAGAAUGUGGCAACCAUGGCACGCCAGUAUGUUCGAAGUGUCAUUUCAUCUGUACAGAGAGUUGCGAUGGCUAUAUCUCCAUCUGGACUGAGUCCGUCUGUGGGGGGACCAAAACUAUCUCCUGGCUCUCCAGAAGCUCUGACACUGGCUCACUGGAUCUGCCAGAGCUAUAGUUAUCAUGUUGGGGCAGAACUGCUGAGGCCUGAUUCCUUGGGUGGUGACUCGAUGCUGAAACAUUUAUGGCAUCACCAAGAUGCCAUUUUGUGUUGUUCAUUGAAGUCACUCCCGGUUUUCAUCUUCGCAAACCAGGCAGGGCUCGACAUGCUCGAGACAACAUUAGUUGCCCUUCAGGACAUCUCGUUGGAUAAGAUUUUUGAUGAGUGUGGACGCAAGACGUUGUGUGCUGACUUUGCUAAACUUAUGAACCAGGGAUUUGCUCACUUGCCAGCUGGCAUUUGCAUGUCCACAAUGGGUCGCCACGUGUCAUAUGAACAAGCUGUUGCAUGGAAAGUACUUGCUGCAGAAGAGAACUCUGUUCACUGCCUUGCCUUCUCCUUCAUGAACUGGUCCUUUGUGUGA